UUGGAUAUUGUUGUCGUCUUACUACGGUUCCAGAUAUUGCCGCUUCGCCGGUCGGGAUGAAUGCCGGCCCAGCCCGGAAUGGCUAUUCCGGACUCACGGCUUCAUUCCUCUCCACGGGGCCCGGAAUGAGAUGGCCAUUUCCCGCGCAGAAAUGGGCCCGCGGGAAUAGUGAAUCCCCGUCGCGACAAUGGGCCAGAAUAGUCCAUUCCCCGUCCUCCUCUGUCCCUUCAGAGCUCGAACUCCGUCCCCCUCUGCUCUUUCGAGCUCGAUCGAGCUCUUUCAUGGAGGCGUGUCGCCUGCGCGCCUUCACGAGGAGCACCACUCCAUCCUCUCUCGGCCGGUUCCUCCCCUUCUCAUCGUCCGCUAGGCCUAGGCCGGCGAGCUGCUUCUCCGCCGACGAGCCAGACGGCGGAAGCAGCAGUGCGGUUUACGAGCACGCCCUCAAGUUCCAGAGGCCCACCGUCAUCAAGUGGCAGCCGCGGCUGGAGAACAAGGCGAGUUUGAUCGGCACCGUUCAGUUUCCUCUCAAGCGUGUCGCGACAAGGAACGGUUCUUUUGGGGUUCACACUGUGCUCUCCGUGCAUACUCGCCGCCGGUCGAACCGCGCGUUCUGGAUGAGGCUGAAGAUGUGGAAUGAGAUGGCUGAGAUAUCAUGGGAGCACUUGAAACCGAAUGAUUUCAUCUAUGUUUCCGGUCAGUUGGGUUGCUACACGAAGGCUGCCGGAGAUGGACAGCUCCGAGCAAAUUAUGAGGUAAUUGUUCACGAACUGAAUUAUGUUGCAAAGCAGCGUGGCCAACCGGUUCAUCGAAAUCCAGAUGAAAUGGAGUCAGGUGCUUCGCCUAUUGAAAAGCGUAAAGAGCGGCUUCUCCUCUGGCAAGUGUUUUUCGCCAACCCAUAUGAGUGGUGGGACAAUAGGAAGCAUAAAUCAAAUUCGCGUCAACCUGAUUUUAAGCACAAGGAUACACAUGAAGCUCUUUGGUUGCAAUCCAAUGAUCCACCUUGGGUAAAGAGACAGCUGGAACUGCUCGACUCAAAAAUGGAAGAACUGGGCCCCAUGGACUAUGUCAGUUCUCAGCAUCGUGUCUCCACAUGGGAAUACGAUGAAUGAGGAUGCUUCUACAGAGCGAGAAUGAAUAGUUGGAGUUCUAAGUCUCUCUGCCAGUCUGAUUUCUAUUGCUUUGCGGCCGUCGCUCGAUUCUAUGUUCAAGUUUCUACCAGGAUAUCCAAGAUUCUGAAAGAUGAUGGACCAUGAGCAAUGGAAGUUGGAAAUUAGUUUCAAAAAAUCAAUCCUGCUCUGGACAGUGUCGCUUGAGAUCUUUAUGGUCCUGCUGCAGAAGAACCCGAAAGGAGCUUUGGUAAUUGUUUCUGAUCCUAUAUGGAGCAAUAGCCGCGUGGAUUGGCAUUCAUUAUGUAUGAGGGGUGUUGUAACCUCUCUUCUACCCCGGUGAUGAAACAACAAACCGCUUCCGGUUGGUGUACUUACCUACUGGAGGACACUAAAACGAUGCUGAUCAGGCUGAGUUGCCACGAGUUCGAACUGCCUUGAAGUCCGAUAGUUCAAACAGGCUAUCACCCUGUCUGGUCUUCUAGACAUUUUAUGUAAAAGUUACGAAUUUCAGCCUGCUCAUUAAUUUGAAAAUAGUUGAUCUCUGUUUGUACAUACUAUGUAACUCGAAACUUUCUAUCUUUUGGAGCUCUGUCGGAAUAAUAUCGAAUCUGCGACAUGAAUGUGAAUCUAGAAAAGCUUUCGAUUUGA